AUGACAUAUUCACUUUCGGAAGGUUCUGUGGAGAUAAUUAUGAGUGGCGGCGAGUAUGAUAGUCCUGUAAUACAAGUACUUGGACACAAAAAGAUCCAAAGCAGAGGAGAAGAUAGAAUUCGUCUAAUUGUUUCUGAUGGAAAACAUUCUCAUAGCUUAACCCUGCUCAACUCCCAGCUUAAUAAUAAAGUAUUCAGCGGAGAGCUCUCAAACUAUUCUGUAAUAAAAGUAGAUAAAUAUUUUAUUUCCUCCGUUUCAAAAAAGGAAGAGAAGCGAGUUAUGGUGAUACUCAAUUUGACCAUCAUCGCACCAGGGACAGAAGUCGGAAAGAAACUUGGCAACCCUAUUCAGUGGUCUGAAGAUAUGGCAGCACAAUCACACGCAAGCACCGCUAAAGCUGAACCAAAACCUGCCCCCACACCCAUGAAUACUUUGUCAAAAACAACUGCUAGCAUCAACUUGAAUUCAAGUGUACUUGGUUCACAAAUGACUCAUCCCAUUGCAAGUUUAAGCCCAUAUCAAAAUAAGUGGGUAAUUAAAGCAAGAGUAAUGAACAAAACAGCCAUUCGUACUUGGAGCAAUGCUAAGGGUGAGGGAAAACUCUUUAGUAUGGACCUUUGUGAUGAAAGUGGUGAAAUCAGGGCCACAGCUUUCAAAAAUGAAUGUGAUAAGUUCUAUGAUAUGAUACAGAUUGAUAAAGUAUACUACAUAAGUCGCUGUCAACUGAAAACAGCAAACAAACAGUUCACAACACUAAAGAAUGAUUAUGAGAUGACAUUCACGGCCGACACAGUUGUAUCUGAAUGUAUGGAGGAAAAUAACUCUGUGCCAUCAAUAAAGUAUGACUUUAUGCCGAUCAGUGAUAUUGCUGACAAAGGCCCCGAUACAAUUCUAGAUGUGAUAGGAGUUUGUAAAUCUGCAUCGGAUAUUCAAGAACUUACAGCCAAAAGCACAGGAAAACUGCUAAAAAAACGAGAAGCAACAUUAGUGGAUUCAUCGGGAGGGGCGAUCACUUUAACACUUUGGGGAGCUGAGGCCGAAAAAUUUGAUAGCAGCAGCAAUCCUGUUGUUGCUGUGAAGGGCGCUCGUCUGACGGAGUUCAACGGCAGCAAGUCCCUGUCGUGUCUCGCCAGUACUAUAGUGAGGGUACAACCUGAUGUAGAGGAAGCACACCGUCUGCGAGGCUGGUACGACAAUGGUGGGGAUUCUAUGGCCAUGGUUCACAUUUCAGCCAGAGUUGGUCAAGGCGGUGGGAACGCUGAAUGGAUGACAUUCGCUGAAGCCGAAGAACGUAGACUCGGCACCGGGGAUAAGGCUGACUACUUCAGUUUGUUGGGAGUUCUGACAUUCACGUUCGCUGAUAACGCUGUGUACAAAGCGUGUCCGCAAGAACAGUGCAACAAGAAACUAGUCGACCAACAGAAUGGACUGUACAGAUGUGAGAAAUGCAACCGAGAGUAUCCCAACUAUAAAUAUAGAUUGCUGCUAGGAGCGACAGUGUCGGACCCUACCGGUGACCAGCGGGUAACGGCCUUCAACGAGUCAGCGGAGGUGAUGCUGGGUCGUAGCGCGGAGGAGGUCGGCCGGCUGUCCGACUACGACAAGGCGGAGUACGGACAGCUGCUCGACCACGUCAAGUUCAAGACCUUCGUCUUCAAGUUCAGGACCAAGAUCGAGACUUACAGUGAUGAAGCCAAGUUAAAGACAGUAGUGAUGAGCGCCCAGCCGGUCGACUACAAAGACGCUAACGCCAGACUUGUCAAGAGCAUCAAGACUUUAAGCGGCGUCGAACUAUAA